GUGCCCAGUGGACCAAACUAUAUUUCCUAGUUUCAUGGAAGUAGGAAAUGCAUUAGAAAGUACGUACGAAGCCUUCCGUUUCACCGAAUCUUACGGUGUCAUCUUUCAAUGCAACGUUAAGUACUGCAUCGGAAAGUGCGAACCGGCGGUUUGCACUACAAAUUUAGGAAGAGAAGAAUCGUGGGGACGUAAGAAGAGAUCGCCCGAAAAAUCCAAUGACGAAAUGACUUUGAGUCACGAAAUAUUGGUCCUCGAUUUCGGUGACGAAAUCUCUAGAUCCAUGACCGAAAGAUCGCAUUCGGCUAAUG